UUUACAUGUCAUAAAUUCAGUGGAACAAAAAGAAAUUUAACGCAAGACAAAAAAAAAUUAAUUCGCAUCUUGAGAAAAAUUGAAAUUAAUCAUCGUGCUACGAUUCGCCCACAUAACAAUCUUCAUAAACAAUCAUCAGCGUUCGUGUAAUCGAUUUAGAACAGUACGUCGAUUCGAAAAACGAGUAAUAAAAUCGAUUGACUGGUUGAUGUGUAACAAUUAACAACACAGGCAACACAGUCACACCAUACCUAUUUACCUGAUGAGGGUAUUCAUUCCAUUUGCAUUAUUCGAAAUCGAUACCAGUCAUUUGAGAAGAGUUUUACCAGCUUCAACGAACGAACAGCACGAAAAUGACCAAUCGCAAUAAGUCCACUUCAACGUUACGACUGAAGCAAGAUUAUUUGCGCUUAAAGCGUGAUCCUGUUCCAUACAUCACAGCUGAACCGCUUCCGCAGAACAUAUUAGAAUGGCAUUACGUUGUCAAAGGGCCCGAAGAGUCACCCUAUUUCGGUGGAUAUUACCACGGAACCUUGGUAUUUCCUCGUGAAUUUCCAUUCAAGCCACCUUCAAUUUAUAUGCUAACUCCGAACGGCCGUUUUAAAACAAAUACGCGACUAUGUUUGAGCAUAUCCGAUUUCCACCCAGACACUUGGAAUCCAGCAUGGUCAGUAGGCACAAUCCUAACCGGUUUGCUCAGUUUUAUGCUUGAAUCAACACCAACGCUUGGCUCCACAGAAACCAGUGCCUACGAGCGCAAAGAAUAUGCUAAAAAAUCGCUUUCGUUCAACCUGAAAAACGACACAUUCAGAGAACUCUUUCCCGACAUAUGCACCGAAAUCCAAGAGAAACUGUUGCAACGUAACAGUGUCAAUGCAUCAGCGAACGGCCAAACAAACUCCACCGAAACCGAUGCCACGAACGAAUCGAGUGCCGGUUAUCGUUUAAAUUCCGAUGCGGGUAGUACGUGGCAAUCGUUGUGCUCGAAUUUGAUUGUGUUAGCUGGAUUUGCAGUUUUUGCUUUUAUCGUAAAUCAUGUAAUUAAGAAUCUGAACAAUGAGUGAGAUGGAGAGUGAAUGGUUUUUUUGUUUGCUUGUUGAAAUUGAAGAGAGCCAUGAAUAACGUAAUGGAAAUGGUUUCUCUGAAUUAAAAUUUUGGAUUUUCAAACGAAAUUUUUUUCUAAUUCAUUAGUCGGAAACGACUGUAAAUAAUUUGACAUUUAAUUGAGCGCUGUAGAGUAACAAUCAAAUUUUUGUAUUAAUUUUCUGU